GAAAUCUUCCUACAGAAAGCCCUAACUGUCAAUGGAGCUACCCUUAUAUCGUUAUGUUACCGCAAUGCCACAUCACCUCAGUCUGUUAGUUAUCGUCUUUCUAGAUAUCUGCACCACGUCCGGCAAUUCCUGGUUAUUCUUUGGUAAACUUCACGCCUCAUCCACCAGCAGUAUUGAACAAAUUUGUCUACAAAUGCCACUUGAACCAGAGCAAAAGCAAUAUUGCAAAAACCACACGAAAAUAAUGGAGCGCAUACGGGACGGAACCGAAAUGGCGAUGAAAGAAUGUCAAUACCAGUUCAGAAACGAACGCUGGAACUGUAGCAGUGCUGACGAGAGUCAGGGCUUCGGAAAAGUUCUAAAACGCGGUACGAGGGAGGCUGCUUUCGUUGGAGCAAUUACUUCAGCUGCCGUGGCGCAUGAGGUAACGAGGGCUUGCAGUCGUGGGGAGCUGACAGAAUGUUCGUGUGACGGUCAAAAACGAAUGGGGUCGUACAGAGACCAUAGGGGCAGAUUUGAAUGGGCUGGCUGCAGCGAUGAUGUGCAAUUCGGAAUGAGCGUGGCGAAAAUCUUUGUCAACACGAAAGAUAACGCUUUACAUGAUGCAAGAGCUAUCAUGAACGUUCAUAAUAACCGAGCAGGCAGAAAGACAGUCAAAAGCUUCAUGAAACGGUUUUGUAAAUGCCAUGGAGCGACUGACACUUGCCCGCUACGAACGUGCUGGGAUGCACUGGACUCGUUUCGACUUUCAGGCAACCAAUUAAAGCGGAAAUAUGACGGUGCUUCGAGGGUGACUGUCAAACAGGGCUCUCGAAAAAUGACUCUACAUACGACAGUCAGCAGCCAUAAGUCACCCACCAAGCGAGACUUGGUGUAUUUGGAAGACUCACCAAACUACUGUGUGCGCAACGAGGCAACUGGUUCUCUCGGCACCAGCGGUAGAGAGUGUAAUUUAAGUUCAAAGGGGAUUGACGGUUGCUCUCUUUUAUGCUGUGGUAGAGGCCAUGACACGUCAAGCGUAACAAGAACGAGAAUAAACUGCGCAUGCGUCUUCCAUUGGUGCUGUGAGGUGCGCUGUACAAACUGUACCAACACUUAUGACAUUUACACCUGCAAACCGGAGCCAAUGCAAGAAGAUCCGACGCAGCAAACUAUAAGCUCGACGACUACAGACGUCUCGUCGGCGGCUCCGACCCGCAACUCUGGGACGACUUUGAGUACUUCUACCAAAGGACGAAAGUCCGGAAGACGGAGGAACAAAAAGACUCGGAGAAGAAAGGGGCGGAGGAAGGGAAGAAGAGGACGGAAACAGAAGAACACGACGGGCCCUGUCAGGGCUAAAAGGAACAUUCCUGAACACGAAGAAGACGACGUUGAUAUUGACGUGAUGGACUUAAAUGAAGAAGUAGAAGAUUUUAGAUUAGAUUUUGACGAAGAUUCAUUGGAAAAGUACCGGGGCGGUACGUGGGAUAAAAAUGAGUCGAGAGAAUUGUACUGGUUUUCCAAAUGGUGGGUGACUAUGCAACGGUUUCUAUAUCACGACAGAAGCGCUGUGACCGGUUAAAAACGCCCUAGCAGCUUCUGGUAAAAUAGAAAGGGUUGCUUACUCUUACAGUUAGAAAGGUACAAGAGAAAAACGAACGAGGCGCUUGGAAAUCGAACGCAUGGGCUACGAUGGAGAGCACGACUCAUUUCAGGUGCUUGGAUACAGUUCCCGUGAAAUUAAUGCCCCUUUGGCUUACAUGUUCCAGUGGAGACAACUUUUUUGCUUUUUACUCGCUUGCUUUUUUAAUAAUUUAUUUACGAGCUAAAUAUUAUUUCUUAUACAGCUUGCGCUGAGCCUGGCUGCUGCUGCGCGAGCUAAACUACUUUUUACGAUUUCUUUUCCUAAUGCGAACGUCUCAAAAAAUCUUUUAAAAUUUUCUGUAAAAGUCAUUUUUAAACAAUCGUGUUUUUUUUACAGUGGCAAGUACACAAUCAUGUAAUACGUUUCGAAUUUAAAACUCUCUGUUAUCACAUAUAUAUAUAUAAGUAUGGAGCCGCUAAGUAUUUUUAUUUAAAAAGAUUAUGAAAUGUUACGUGCGCAUUUUCGAAUCAAUAUACAAAAACCUAAAAACAA